CUCAAAGUUAGAUUUAAUCGUCCAAAAGCCAGCAACCAUUUUUACUCCUUGUUCUUUUUUGAACUCAGGAACCACGACAUUUUAUCCACACACAGUCUGGCAAGAGAUCUUCAACCGCAAAAAAGAUAUUAUCUUUUGAAAACCCUUGCAAACAAGAAUAUGGCUACAACAGCAAUAGCUACACCUAUGUUUUCUUUUGGAUUGAGAAUUUGUAAUCCACUUCGAUCGAUUCGAUCCACAACGGUUCAUUUCUCACCACUCACCAAGAAACAAGAAUCAUCGAUUAACCUCAGUUCUUCACGCUGUGUUUCUGGGUUUGCCCCGCUUGUUUUUAAUAGAACUUUCAAUUUUGCGUCACCCAUUGGAAGGAAUUUACAGCCGCUCACUGUAGUCUGCUCCAAAGGCUACAAAAUGAAGACCCACAAGGCUUCGGCGAAGCGAUUUCGGGUUUCCGGUAGUGGGAAGGUAAUGAGGAGGAGAGCAGGGAAACAACAUUUGCUGGGAAAGAAGAAUACUAAGAGGAAAUUGAGACUCUCCAAAGUGGUACAAGUUGAUCGGAGUGACUAUAACAAUGUGAUUGGUGCUUUGCCUUAUCUCAAAGUUAAUCGGUCAAAGUAAAGCCAAUGCUGAUCUUUUCAUCCUGCUAUAAAAUGUAGAGCCUGCUGAUACAUUACAUGGGAGUAUUCUCACUUGUGUGUAAAGGAUAAAGCAAAACCCGUACUAAAAGUCAUCUUUUUGAUUAUGCGUUUUUCAAAUUUUGAAAUUGUUGACUUUUUAGUUGAAUUGUUGUUAUUACUGCUUAAUUCUUAGUGUCUUCUAUCUCGAUGGUUCUUUUACUCCCGAA